AAUAUUAUUAAGUGUGUUCAUCAACAAAUGUGAGAAAUUAACGAUAUUUACUCCUUAUAAGGAAAAUAAUGAAGCAUAGUCCAGCCUCUACUACACAGAGAUGAUUGGUGAUCAACAUAUUUACACCUGUUGGUGGAUGUCCAUAACGUGGGGUACAUUUUGUAUGUAUACAGGGUUUAAUGAAUCGACAUGAAAUACUAUUGUAAAGUUUCAUAACAACAGCAUUUGAUGUUGCAUACAUAUUCAAGAGAGAUGGUUAAAAAAUGGAUUAUACAACAAAUAUACCGCAAGAAGAAAACUCUGUUGCUCUCUUCAUUUAUCAUUGCGGCUGUGUACAUUUUGUGGCUUAUGAAAGGUGGACAACGCCCUUCAAACACCGAGAAUAUCUAUAUCCCUAUUCAAGCUGACGCAGUUUUCUUUACCAAUACUCUUAAAGAAGAAUCCCAAGUUGAGCAGCUUUUAGCGAACAUCUCCAGAGACCAGGGAAACCCUAGGAGGAAAUAUAAAAUGAAUGUUUUCCUCAGUGACCGAAUCCCAGUAAAUCGUCCAGUUCCUGACUCUAGACCUUUAAGUUGCAGCAGCAUAGCAUGGCCUAAGGACCUACCCAAAUCCAGCAUAGUGAUCACAUACCACAACGAGUGGCCUUCGGUAUUAGUACGCACUGUGUACUCUGUGAUACAGCGAACUCCCGCGCACCUGCUCGAUCAAAUCAUACUUGUGGACGACGCGAGCUUGGAACGGGAGACUCUCCAAGGCCCCCAUUUUCUACAAACAUAUCUACCUAAUUCUCCUAUAACAUACCUCCGACUGGAACAACGACAUGGAUUGAUCAGAGCCCGACUACACGGGCUGUCCAAGGUCAAGUCAGAAGUUGUUGUGUUCCUGGAUAGUCACAUGGAGGUCAACAAUAACUGGCUACAGCCUUUAUUGGUGGAAAUCAUGGACAACAAAGCAACAAUCGCAAUGUGUCACCUUGAUUACAUCGACGCCAAAACUUUCAAAUACUCACACGAGAAGAAUUAUCGAACACGUUACGGUUUUGAUUGGCAGCUACAUUUCUUUGAAACUUACUUCCGGAGAGACCAAACAGAAGGAAAACCGGACACUGCUUCUUUACCGGGCGUGAUUGCAGUAGGAUCCGGAUUUGCAGUGAAUGUGGAGUAUUUUAGAAGCAUCGGGUCACUUGAUGACGGAAUGAAGAUCUGGGGCGGAGAAAACAUCGAGCUUUCUAUACGGGUAUGGACUUGCGGAGGCCGGCUUAUCCAUGUUGCAUGUUCAAAGAUUGGCCAUAUUGCACGUGACCAGCCAUACAGUUUUCUGGAAGAUCGAACAACCAUAGAAAUAUAUAAUUACAAGAGAAUCGUGGAAGUUUGGUUUGACGAAUACAAACAAUACGUGUAUCAAAUAUACCCAACUAUGAAGGAAAGAGAUGCUGGAGAUAUUAGUAAAAGGCAGGAAAUCAGAAGAACGUUAAAAUGCAAACCUUUCGCCUGGUUUCUCCAAACAGUUUGGCCUGAAUUACUCCCAUACCAACAUAAUUCCAAAGUCUGGGGUACAGUGCAGACUGACGUGUCGGCACGAAAAAUGUGCUUGAAUAAUAAAAAGUAUCUGUUUUCGUGGCCCGAGAAAUUGACAGUGGGGUCUUGUCAAGAAGACCCCGUGACAGAGGUGUUUGCUAUUACAAGUAGUGGUCAGCUACGGACAGUUCUACAGUGUGUUGUGGUGAUACUAGAUGGCCUGGACUACGUACCCUAUUUGCAAAGUUGUCAGGAAGUUAGAAACAUUUCCGUCACACAUUGGUCAUACGAGUUUCAGGCCCUUAAACAUGCUGCAACAGCUUUAUGUUUGGAAGUAUCGGAAACUGGUUUACAUCUUAUUAUGAACACCUGUGACAGAUCGAACAGACGUCAGAAAUGGGAAUUCCAAGUUAUUCCAGAAAAAACAAGUUGAACAUGUUUAAUCAGUUUAAUCCGGAGAGCAUCUUUCGAGACAAGGGUUUCCGAUCCACUCCGCUCCACAUCUUCCCAAGACAAGAGUUUCUGAUCCACUCCGCUUGUGGAGCGGAGCGGAUCAUGCAGAAACCCUUGACUUGGGAAGUUUGAAUUUCAAAGAGAUGUAGAGAUGGUUUAGCUUGAUCUUGGAAUUAUCAAAAACUUCUUCAGGAAAAAUGCGUUUUUUUUUUCUGAAGUAUGAAAAUAGUCCCGACGUGUAUCGUCUCCGAGAAAUCCAUGACAACUCCUGUUCCUGCCUUCAGCUGCAGAGCCCCAGAUUGUGAUGACGAGAAAAAAAAAUCGGCCGUGGCUUAGACAGCAUUCUGUAAUGUUCACGAUUUCAUUUAUAUGCGUUUUUCUUUUUUACCAAAAUAUUUUAUAAUGCUUAACUAUAUGAUUGAAUUAUUUUAAAGGAUGAUACUUGUACAUGCAGGCAUUCAUUUAAUGUUGUUUAAAAGAGUAUAGAUUAUUCAUUUUCAAGUGCAGGAAAAAAUUCAGUUGAUUACUGGUAUUGAGUGGAACUACUUAUAUUAUCGUGUUAAAAUAAAGAAA